AUGAGUGUGAUGGAUGCUCCUCCACCGAGUGCAGCGACGACACCAUCAGCUCGACGCCUUCUUGGUGUGCCUCUUCGACGUCAUCCUAAUCCUAUAUCAACACCUUCACCUGUCUCACCUGGAAGCCCGGAUCCAAAAAUGGCAGGCAUGAGGCCGAGUGCUCCUGCUCUCAGAAGUCGAUAUGACGACGAUUCUCCUGGUGGGCCUGCAGCCAACGUGGCGACGCCUCUUCAGGCGAGGACUACUACCGCACACGACCCCUACGCUUCGCCGGCCGCUGCUGGUGCCGGAGACCCAGCGGCAGCACCUGGAACGCCUGCAAACCUAAUGACCACUGACGCCCGGAUUGCCGCUUCUUUAUAUCACUCGCCACCUGUCCGUGGAGGUACUAUCGGUGCGCCGGGAACGCCGCUCGGAACACCUGCAGCAACUACGACUGAGCAGCGUGUUCGGGCCAUAGACGCCACGCCUGAAGCGAUUGGAGAAACACCUGGAACACCUAGAACGCCUGCAGCUGUGCCUGAUAGCCGACGGAUUGCCGAUCAUUACUCUUCGCCGGCCGGUGGUGGCGGGACACCUUCGCCGACUACGGGUGCACAGCGUAUUGCCGCUGUCGACGCGUCGCCGCGAGCUCCUGGCGUAAGGAGAACACCAACAAGAACCCCUGAUGCUUUAGCUGCUCAGCGUCUUGUUGCUAGACUAGCAAGGACUUCAACUACACCCAGCAAGGCUUCAGCCGCAGUCCAAGCUGCAAAGGCUGCGCGUGGUGCCUUUAAGUCGCCUGUGCAAGUAUUGAAAAGGCUGAUGUCUUCUCCACCUUCUGGCGGAACUAAGACGAAGACCACCAAAGAUCGACCUGAAGCACAGCACGAAGGCCCUGAGGACAUGGAGGACCCGGAAGAGAUUCACCUGGACAACAAAGCGAAAAUUCAUAUGAGCACGCACUUUAAAGAUACAGAAAUCAAAGAUCCCUUUUACCACGCUCCUCUGCUGCAGUUAUUGCAUCCGCUUUUUGAUAGGCGUGACCGUUUGACUCGACCACAAACGGAAGAGUGCGAAGCAAUGCUAAAUAAAGUGGGAGAUGAAGGGGAUAAAGUGGGAGAUGAAGCAGACACUCUCUAUCACGACACAAAAGAUUACUUUGGAGCGGAACUCUUUUUCAACACAAAAGAUUUUGGGCCAGACGAGUCUCUGGCAGAGGCAAAUGAAGAGAUCCAGCAGAAUUUUGCGGCCAUAGUGGAGACAUGGAGCACUUUAUUUGAGGAGGGUGGAAGCGGAAGUCCAAAUGCUGAGAGUGGAGGCCUUCAGGGAGGUGCUAAGAGGAUGCCUGACAAGGUGAUCAUCCGCAAGUCCAUUUUGCAGCAGUUCGAAGACAAGAUCAACGAGGAGUCGGGUGGCUUCUACGGUCGUGGAGGAGUUUUGUUCCCUCGUACUAUACGAAACAUUGAGGAAUUGGAAAGGGUGGCAAUUCGCAGACGCAAUGGGCAAGAAGAAGAAGAGGCGGAUCCUGGAGGAAAUGCGCUCCUUUCUUUUUUUGCCUCGGACGAAAAGAAAAGUCCCUGGACAACGAUCUGGCGCUUACUCUUCGAACUAGGGCUUCUAGAGACUUGUGACACAAACGAAGACUGCGUGAGGAAGGUCAGGGCUUUGCGUCAGGGAGUAAAUGCCGCUCCGAAAGAGGAGGCAGAAUUAGUCGUUUCCUGUCCGUCGAGUGCCGACUCGAUGUCCGCUUACUAUGAGGGGACGAACGUGGACACCACAGCGAUUGAUGGGGAGAUCGAAACCGUGGUUUCGAAUCUUGGUAAGGCGGAAACAGUGGAAAAAACGCCUCCACCCGUGUUGCCCCAACGUGGAAGAGCACCUGCAGCACGACCCUUUGCCGUAUAUGGAAAGGGCUGGAGUCGGGUGAUGUUCAUUGACCUUGUCCGGAAGACGCUGUCCGGAAUAUCAACAAAAGACCGCCUCGACGUUAUCUCGUCGAUUUCAAAAAGUGGCGCGUCUCUGACAACUUCUUCUGCUUUUGGCGGAUUUGAAGAGCAGAGGAAUCCUAUCGUGGAAUACCUACUUCCCCUUACGUCGAAGGGAGACGAGCGAGGACAUGAACUACAUCAAACAGCAGAAAUACACCAACAAAGUCCUACUCAAAUUAUAACUCCUGUUUCCUAUAUCGCCUUGGAAGGACGUGAAAAACUCCAUGUGUCCUCCAGAUUACAACGGAUUGUUGGCCUCAAUUUUGACGGAGAGAUGAACAGGAAGGUUCAAGGCAAUCCGUUCAUCCCAGAGGAGGAUCGAGAGGACGUAGAAAACUGCUACGAUAUGGGCAUGCGGGGACCGACGAAAGCGAACAAGCUGCUAGCUGAAAAAAAGACAAAAAUAUCUGCAGGAUUAUUUCGUACACCGGAAGGGCGGUCGUCAAGACCCUUAUUUCCUAUGUUGAGUGAAGAAGCCGAGAGGCGUUUGUUGAAAUCAGCGCCACAGCCACGUCAUAGCGAAGAAGCCGAGAGGCGUUUGUUGAAAUCAGUGCCACAGCCACGUCGAGCCGACUUCCUUGGGUCACCAACAGAUUUUUUAGAACUUGGUUUCUUACAACUUGGAUCGAGCAAUGCUGAUGUAAGCCCGGACGAAUCACAAGGAGAAGCGGGGCAAGGCACUGCCACGCAGUCGCCUCCGACGCCAGCAGAUGGUGGAACUAGUACCAGCGUGGUGGGUUACGUCGCUCUGAAAAAUGAGGACGUGAAAACAGCAGCACAAACGGUGGCAGAGUGGCUCAACCUUAUGAUUCGUGAGUUAAACUUAAAAAAUUGAGCUCUUUUUUAUCCGGACGUGCCCGUACCUUCAAACGCUGUAGCACUUUAACGUUUUUUUUCAUCUAAUUUCAAACCUUUUUCUAAGCUGUUCACCAGCUUUAGCUCACUGUCUCUAAUAACUGCGGUAAGCGAACGCAACGAGAGCAGGAGAUGGUCGUCGAUGAGAUUCUUGAAAUCGAGCGGUUCUACGUCAUAUUUCUGACAACACCAGAAUCGGAAUUCGAGACUCAUUUGGUAAAGAACCGGCUUUCUCGUGGUUUGGACGCAAAGCAAACUACCUCGUCAUCCUCAACAACGCAGCUUUCUGCGCGUUUAUACAGGUGGCACUUGGCUCGCGCGUAUGCAGUUGCCCGUAAGUUUUUUGGACGAGAUCACGGAGGUGUUGAACAAGAUUUGAGCUUUGACGACUUCCAAGAGCAGCUAUCAGAGCUGACUAAACGACUAGAAGCGUGGGUGAGGAAAGAGGCAGUGGUGGAGGCGAUGGCAGAAGGAGCUCUUUGAGUGGUUUCUGACACUCGUUUGGGGGUGUUUGGCUAGUGGAGUUAGUUACUUAGUAAUUUGUGCUGUCUGAUUUGUAAUGAUGAGUAACGUAUGUAAGGAAGUGUUUUUUUUUGGGAUUUUAGGGUAAUACAUAGAUGUAGAUCAUUCUUCAACAGAGAGUAGUGUAGUCGACUUUCGAAGCACCAGCUUUUUUCAAAUAAUGAGUUUUUCAAGAAGGUAGCUCUCUGUAAAAAACAGAGACUACGAGUUAUUGGUAGUAUUACGUUUAUCACGAAUGCUAGAAUAGUAUCCGCCAUUCAACAGGUGGUCAUGGGAGAAAUGGCAUAAAAUGGCCUUUAGACUGACAGAUAUCCACAUUCUUGUCGAUUUUCCAUCCAGUAAGUAAAGUCUAAAGAACCAGAACUUCAAAAUAUGUGUAAGCAUCUAUCAAAUCUGUGCCAUCUUAGCGUGUUGACUAACUAUGAUUAAUGUGGAUGAUCCCGAAUGUUCUCGCAGAUUUUCUG